UUUCUUCCACAGUCUCAACAUGGACGUCCGCUGGAUGUGCAGCACUUUGUGUCUGCUGCUACCUGCUAUAGGAGUCCUGGGCUCCGGAGACGACGGCUGGUUCAUGAGCGUGCAGGCGGAGGUGCGAGCCAUCGAGGGCUACCCGGUGGUGCUGCCCUGCACCUUCAGCCACCCGCAGCACUCCCAGCAUUCCUCGCUGCAGGUGCUGUGGCGCCUGGGCCACGGCCACGACGCCGCCGUGGUGUACCGCUGCACCAGCCGGCCCGGGGCCCCCGCCUGCGACCCGGGGCCCCAGCAGGACCGGCGCUACCGGCUGGAGGGGAACCCCACGGAGCACGACCUGUCGCUGCGCAUCAGCGGCGCCGCCCUGCAGGACAGCGGGCGCUACUACUGCCGCGUGGAGGUGCAGGGGCGGGACCACGUCAGCUUCGAGGACAAGAUGGGGACCCGGCUCAGAGUGGAGGCCCCCCCGAGGAUCCUGUCCCUGUCGGUGGAGGGCAGCGCGCCGUCCGGGUACCGGGCUCUGUGCCGGGUCCAGGGCUCGCCGCUGCCGGACGUCCAGUGGCUGGGCCCGGACGAGCUCCUGGAGGGGUCCCCGGUGGUCCCGGUGGUCCCGCUGGCCCAGGGCUCCAGGGCCCACUUCCACACCGUCAGCCAGCUGGGGGGCGUGGAGCCGGGCCGGCGGUACACCUGCAGCGCCUCCAACCCGCUGGGCCGGGAGCAGGCCACGCUGUACGUGGUGCCGCCGCCGCCGCCGCCCCCCCCGCACGCCGCCGGGGCCUCGCCGCCCCUCAUCGUCCUCGUGGUGGUGUCUCUGGGGGCGAAGGUGGUCCUGCUGGGGGGGAUCGGGGUCUGGAUGGUGCAGGGGGGGGCUCUGCAGCGGGUCAGCUGCCGCUGGAAGUAG